AUGACAAGCAAAAUUCCCCUGCGGCCGCUACAACCGAUGGAGCAAACCUCUUUCUCCGAACCACAGACACCACUAUCAUGUGGAAAGCGACAGAAUGUCUCUGUUGCUUGUACAGAGUGUCGCGAGAAAAGGACCAAGUGUUCUGGUGCGAUGCCAUGCGCGAAAUGUACGGCAAAAGGUUGCCAAUGCAUAUAUGAUCCCGACAGUGAUCGUAGGCGCAAACCUUGCAGCAAGUCGUUGGCUUUGCGUCAAGCCCUGCUCUACACCGUGCUUAAGCUUCGCUCGGGAAACGUGAAUGACGUGAGGACAUUCCUUUUGAAAAUUCGGAGAUUGCAAAGCGACGGAGAUGCAGAAAAUUUCCUCCUUCAGGAGAGCAAGCUGUUUAAUCUCGGGUGA